AUGGAUUCAGACCUCAUUAAACUCGUUAACCGGCUGCAGGACACAUUCAGCAACCUCGGGGCAGGUGGUGAGCUGGAUAUGCCACAGCUAAUCGUGGUCGGCAGUCAGUCUGCGGGCAAAUCAAGCGUGCUUGAAAACAUCGUUGGUCGCGACUUCCUUCCGCGUGGGCAGGGCAUUGUCACCCGCCGUCCGCUUGUCCUCCAACUUAUCCACACCCCUUCCCCCGAUCCAGCAACCCCCACGUACACGGAGUGGGGUCAAUUUUUGCAUAUCGACAAGCGGUUUACGGAUUACAAUGAGAUACGGAAAGAGAUCGAGCAGGAGACAUUUCGAGUCGCUGGACAGAAUAAGGGCAUCAGCAAAUUGCCCAUUUCUCUAAAAAUAUACAGCCCUGAUGUCCUGGACCUCACACUAGUAGACUUACCUGGCUUGACUAAGAUUCCAGUCGGAGACCAGCCGAGUGAUAUUGAAAGGCAGAUACGUGGCCUCGUUGUCGAUUAUAUUUCCAAACCCAAUAGUGUCAUACUAGCGGUCUCCGCUGCCAAUGUCGACCUUGCCAACUCCGACGCAUUAAAGCUGGCUCGAUCCGUUGACCCGCAAGGACGUCGAACAAUCGGAGUGCUCACAAAGCUGGACUUGAUGGAUGCAGGUACCAACGCGCUCGAUAUCCUUACAGGACGUGUCUACCCGCUGAAGCUGGGCUUCAUUGGCGUUGUGAAUCGGAGUCAGCAGGACAUCAACUCAGAGAAGAGCAUGACCGACGCUCUAGAUUCUGAGGCUGAGUUCUUCCGCAAUCAUGCUGCAUACCGAAACAUUGCGCACAAGAAUGGUACCAAGUAUCUUGCUAGAACUCUGAACCAGGUGUUGAUCAAUCAUAUACGCGACAAGCUGCCAGACAUGAAAGCUCGCCUCAACACACUCAUGGGACAAGCACAGCAGGAACUGAAUUCGUUUGGUGACGCUGCCAUCUACGGGGACAAGAACCAGCAAGGCGCACUCAUCUUACGGCUGAUGAAUAGAUUCGCACAUGAUUUCGUUGCAUCAAUAGAAGGAACAAAGGUCGACAUUUCGACGAAAGAGCUCUCGGGCGGGGCGCGCAUAUAUUACAUUUUCAACGACGUCUUUGGGCAUGCGCUUGCUUGCAUUGAUUCGACCUCGAAUCUUGAUAAUCAGGAUAUCCGAACUGCAAUUCGGAACUCCACUGGCCCUCGACCAAGCUUGUUUGUUCCAGAGUCUGCCUUCGAUCUACUAGUAAAGCCGCAGAUAAAAUUACUGGAGUCGCCUAGUCUGAGAUGUGUGGAGUUGGUGUACGAAGAGCUCGUCAAAAUUUGCCACAACUGCACAAGCGUAGAAUUGGAGCGAUUCCCCCGCCUUCACGCCCAGUUAAUUGAAUGUGUGUCAGAACUCUUAAGAGAACGACUUGGGCCUACAUCAGAAUACGCACAGAGUCUGAUCGAGAUACAAGCUGCGUACAUCAACACCAACCACCCUGCAUUCAUCUCGGGCUCCGCGGCUGCCGCACAAGCUGCGACUUCUCCCGCUCCUAAACCUGCCCAACCGUCACGCCCCCAAAGCAACGAACCGAUAAAUGGCGUACCCACACUAGAAGACGAGGAUGAGUCCUCUGCCGAGGAGCCUGUGGGAGUAAAUGGAGUCCUUUCUCGUGACGGGCGCUCCGUGUCCUCGACACUGCAUGACCGGACGCGAGUUACGGGCUCAGCACCUACUGCGAAAGCGUCAUCAUCUAAGCCGCAUCCUGUUCAUGGUCCCCGUCACUCCUCCGCGCAUUCGCAAGCGCCGCAACCAGGAGCACCAGGAACUUCUCCACAUUCUGCAAGAGAGACAUUCCUCAACUAUUUCUUCGGGCAGAAUGGUCCAGGGCCGAUCGCGGGAUCAACCGUGGAUAGAUCACAUGAUGGUCCAGCGCCGGUACCCACAGGCAGGGACGUUUCAAACGCGGAGACCGCAGGUCCGACCGGUCUUAUGGCCGGCAAGCGCACACUUGAUGGCAAUAACGCCGCAUUUGACAUGAAGAGCCUGGGGAAACAUAUUGAAGCCAUAUCGUCAUCUGAACCUGGCUCCCAAAUCACUCUGCGAGAGGAGAUGGAGACGUCCCUGAUAAGAUCUCUUAUUUCAUCAUACUUCGCGAUUGUCCGCCAGAGCAUACAGGAUCUGAUACCGAAGGCAAUCAUGCACUUUUUGGUCAACUACACCUCGCAGCAAGUGCAGAACCGACUGGUCGCAUCGCUAUACAAGCCUGAGCUUUUCGCGGAUUUGCUGAACGAGGAUGAGGCGUUGGUCGCAGAGCGGACGAGGGUGAAAGCGUUGUUGGACGCAUACAAAGAAGCUUUCAAAACGCUUUCAGAGGUCAAUUUGAAACCCAUAUAG